AUGGGUAUCAAGCACCUCUUCCAAGUCAUCGACGAGCACUGUCCAGAUGCUGUCAAGACUGGAGAAAUCAAGAACCAAUUCGGUCGCAAGGUCGCCAUCGAUGCAUCCAUGUCACUGUACUCGUUUCUCAUCGCCGUCCGCUCCGAAGGUCAACAGUUGAUGAACGAAUCUGGAGAGACAACCUCACAUCUCAUGGGAAUGUUCUACCGCACACUGCGCAUGGCCGACAACGGCAUCAAGCCCCUCUACGUCUUCGAUGGUGCUCCGCCAAAACUUAAGUCUGGAGAACUCGCCAAACGCUUCCAGCGCAAGACUGAAGCCGAAGAAGCACACGAAGAGGCCAAAGAGACGGGUACUGCUGAGGAUAUGGAAAAGUUCAGUCGCCGUACUGUUCGUGUCACGAGAGAACACAAUGCUGAAGCUCAGCGAUUGCUCAAGCUGAUGGGCAUUCCCUUCAUCAUUGCUCCAACCGAGGCCGAGGCUCAAUGCGCUGCCCUGGCUCGUGCCGGCAAAGUCUAUGCUGCUGCCAGCGAGGAUAUGGAUACAUUGACCUUCAACGCCCCUGUGCUUCUCCGCAAGCUCACAUUCAGUGAACAACGCAAGGAACCCAUCCAGGAAAUCCAUCUGGACAAGGUUCUGGAAGNNUUCAUCGACAUGUGCAUUCUGCUCGGCUGCGAUUACGUCGAUCCUGUCAAGGGCGUUGGCCCCAAGGUCGCCUAUACCAUGAUCAAGGAACACAAAAGUCUCGAGGCUGUUGUCGAUAUGCUCGAAAACAACAAGAAGUACACAAUUCCAGACGACUGGCCUUGGGCCGAAGCCAAAAUUCUCUUCAAAGAACCUGAUGUCCGACCUGCCGAUGAUCCUGAGUGCGACUUCGAGUGGAAGGCACCUGAUGUUGAGGGUCUUGUCAAGUUCCUUGUCGAGGAAAAGGGCUUCAGUGAAGACAGAGUCAAGAACGGAGCUGCCCGUCUCGCAAAAAGUCUAAAGAGUGCACAGCAAAGCAGACUCGAAGGUUUCUUCAAGCCAGUCGCCAAGACUCCUGAAGAGCAGGCAAGCUUGAAACGAAAGAAUGAAGCCAAGCAGGAGGAGAAGAAAAAGAAGCAGAAGCAGUCAGCCAAGGAGAAGAAGGAGGCUAAGGCUAAGCCUAGAGGUACCGCCUAA